GUUCACCACAUACACACACCAACAGGAACCCAUUCACAAUAAACGGAUAAGGCGACACUUUUUCAACUCAGUGAACAACGUUUAUUUCCCCAACAUCGCAAUGAAAUGAGGGAGCAUGGGGGCCAAAGAGUCAAGGAUAGGAUUCCUGUCGUAUGACGAGGGCCGUCAAGAGAGUCACUGAUGUGGAAUUGAAGCGGCUGAAAGAUGCCUUCAAAAGAACCAGCGGCAUCACCUAUUACAUGACCCAGCAGUGCUUCUACAGGGAAGUGCUGGGAGAUGGAGUUCCCCAUAAAGUUGCAGAGGUGAUUUACUCCUCGUUUGGAGGCUCGUCUAAAGGGCUGCACUUCAACAAUCUGAUCGUUGGUCUGGUGCUUCUGACCAGAGGACGAGAUGAGGAGAAGGCCAAGUACCUCUUCAGCCUGUUUGCCAGUGAUCUGGGUGGAUAUGCUGCCAGGGAAGAUAUAGAAGCAGUCCUGCAGGUCCUGGAUGGAGAAAUCCCAACCUCCCUCAAGAAGUGUUUCAGUGAGGGUGACAAGGUGAACUAUGAGCACUUCAGGUUCUGGCUCCUGCAGAACAAGGAGGCCUUCACUUUAUCCAGAUGGCUCCUGUCCGGAGGAGUGUGUGUCACGCUCACAGACGACAGCGACACCCCCACCUUCUACCAGACCCUGGCCGGAGUCACACACUUGGAGGAGUCAGACAUUAUAGACUUGGAGAAACGCUACUGGCUACUGAAAGCUCAGUCCAGAACCGGCCGCUUUGACUUGGAAACCUUUGUCCCACUGGUCUCUCCUCCUAUCCAUGCCUCACUGAGUGAAGGCUUGUUUCACGCCUUUGAUGAGAAUCGGGACAAUCACAUUGACUUUAAAGAGAUAUCAUGCGGACUCUCUGCGUGCUGCAGGGGGCCCGUAGCUGAAAGACAGAAAUUUUGCUUCAAAGUGUUUGAUGUGGACCGCGAUGGGGUUCUGUCUCGAGAUGAACUUCAUGAAAUGGUGGUGGCCUUGCUGGAGGUGUGGAAGGACAAUCGCACAGACACACUCCCUGAGCUGCACAGUAGCGUGUCGGACAUAGUCGAGGACAUCCUGAAGAUGCACGACACAACCAAGCUGGGUCACCUGACCCUGGAAGACUACCAGAUCUGGAGUGUGAAGAGCGCUUUGGCCAAUGAGUUCUUAAAUCUGCUCUUCCAGGUCUGCCACAUAGUGCUGGGGCUCAGGCCUGGCAGUCCUGAGGAGGAAGGGCAGAUCAUAAGGGGCUGGUUGGAGAGGGAGAGCAGACAUGGGCUGCAGCAGAGUCAGAACUGGUUCCUCAUCUCCAUGCUGUGGUGGCAGCAGUGGAAGGACUACGUUAAAUAUGGCAGUCCCUGCUGUUGUCUCCCUGUCCAGGAGCAUAAAGGCAUCGUGGUGGAGCAGCCGUCCAUCCUGAGCUCACUGCGGACUCCGAUGGCCACGGCCACCAUAGUGCCCCCCCCACUGGACAGACUGGUAGGACUGGGAACCUUUGCCCCCAUCAGCCCCACGGAGGAGAGGUCACUUGACGCUGUGUCCAGCUCCUCGGAGGCCACUGAGAUCGCCCUGAGCCCCCAGGUCACUCCCUCUGCGACAGAGAGCUGCUUCGCCCGUCAGCACAACGUGUCGGACAACAACAAUCAGUGUUUCUCUGGAGCCAAUGGCCACCUUCCCUCCCAGCUGAUAGCACAGAGACCCGGAGCCAUCGACAACCAGCCUCUGGUCAACACCGACCCCAUGAAGGCCCCCACGUUAACCAUGGAGGGGGGGCGGCUGAGGCGCUCCCUGCAGCUGGUGCCUGGCAGGGACUUUGAGACGGUGCCAGAGCCGGUGUGGAGGGCACUCUACCACUGGUACGGUGCCAACCUCAGCCUGCCGCGGCCGGUUAUCCUGGAGAGCAAGUCAGGCAGUGCAGAGCUGGAGCUCUUCCCUCGGUACCUCCUCUUUCUCCGCCAGCAGCCGGCCACGCGCUCCCCCCAGUCCAACAUCUGGGUCAACAUGGGUAUGAGCAGCCUGCGAAUGUUCCCACCGUAUUUACCCCCACCAAGAGCAGGAAGCGUACCCUCACCCAACGCUCCUCUGAAGAGGAUGCUGGCCUACACCGGCUGCUUCAGCCGCAUGGGCACUAUCAAAGACAUCCACCUGUACUUGUCCCAGAGACUGCGCAUCAAGGAGGAGGACAUGAGGCUCUGGCUCUACAACAGUGAGAACUACCUCACCCUCCUGGACGAUGAAGACCACACACUGGAAAGCCUGAAGAUUUAUGACGAGCAGCAGCUAGUUAUUGAAGUCAGGAACAAAGACAUGAGCUGGCCUGAGGAAAUGUCUUUCAUUGCCAACAGUAGUAAGAUGGACAGACACAAAGUUCCCACAGAGAAAGGAGCCACAGGCCUCAGUAACCUUGGCAACACCUGUUUCAUGAACUCCAGUAUCCAGUGUGUGAGCAACACCAAGCCUCUGACAGACUACUUCAUCUCAGGGAGACACCUCUACGAGCUCAACAGGACCAACCCCAUCGGGAUGCGAGGUCACAUGGCCAAGUGCUACGGUGACCUGGUGAUGGAGCUGUGGAGCGGCACUCAGAAGAACAUCGCUCCGCUCAAACUCAGGUGGACAAUAGCAAAGUACGCCCCGCGCUUUAACGGCUUCCAGCAGCAGGACUCCCAGGAGCUGCUGGCCUUCCUGCUGGACGGUCUCCAUGAAGACCUGAACAGAGUCCAUGAGAAGCCCUACGUGGAGCUGAAGGACAGCGACGGGCGGCCCGACUGGGAGGUGGCCUCUGAGGCGUGGGAGAACCACCUGCGCAGGAACCGCUCCAUCGUGGUGGAUCUGUUCCACGGUCAGCUCAAGUCCCAGGUGAAGUGCAAGACGUGCGGACACAUCAGCGCUCGCUUCGACCCCUUCAACUUCUUGUCCCUGCCCCUGCCCAUGGACAGCUCCAUGCAUCUGGAGAUCACUGUCAUUAAACUGGACGGCUCCACCCCUGUGCGCUACGGCCUGCGGCUGAAUAUGGAUGAGAAGUACACAGGGCUGAAGAAACAGCUGAGUGAGCUGUGCAGUCUGAAGCCUGAGCAGAUCCUCCUGGCUGAGGUCCACACCUCCAACAUCAAGACCUUUCCUCAGGACAACCACAAGGUGCGUCUGUCUGUGAACGGCUUCCUGUGUGCGUUUGAGAUCCCGGUGCCAGGUUCCCCAACGUCUCUGUGCUCCCCCACGCUGACAGAUGUAACCCUGAUAGCCAACGGCUCGGCUCCAAACGGUGACCUAGGCAACAAGCCCGUCCUCAUCCCCAACGGUGGGCCCAGCACUGUUGUGCCCUAUAACCCAGAGACGCCCUUCGCCAACGGGGUCUCCAACGGACACAUCACACCCAUGCAGGAGAGCCCCUUCAUUGGAUACAUCAUCGCCAUGCACAGAAAGAUGAUGCGUACGGAGCUGUACUUCCUGUCCUCUCAGAAGAACCGGGCCAGUCUGUUUGGCAUGCCGCUCAUCGUUCCCUGCACUGUCCACACCAGUAAGAAGGAUCUGUACGACGCUGUCUGGAUCCAAGUGUCCCGCCUGGCCAGCCCCCUCCCCCCACAGGAGGCCAGCAACCACGCCCAGGACUGUGACGACAGUAUGGGCUACCAAUACCCCUUCACUCUACGGGUGGUGGGAAAGGACGGCACCUCCUGUGCCUGGUGUCCUUGGUACAGGUUCUGUCGAGGCUGUACAAUAGAGUGUUCAGAGGACAGAGCCUCUGUAGGAAAUGCUUACAUAGCUGUGGACUGGGACCCAACCGCCCUGCACCUCCGCUACCAGACCUCCCAGGAGAGGAUUGUGGAGGAACACUGCAGUGUGGAGCAGUCGCGUCGGGCCCAGGCUGAGCCCAUCAGCUUGGACAGCUGCCUGAAGGCCUUCACCAGCGAGGAGGAGCUGGGUGAGGACGAGCUCUACUACUGCUCCAAGUGCAAGACGCACCGGCUGGCCACUAAGAAGCUGGACCUCUGGAGGCUGCCGCCCAUGCUGAUUGUCCACCUGAAGCGCUUCCAGUUUGUAAAUGGCCGUUGGAUCAAAUCCCAGAAGAUUGUCAAGUUCCCAAGGCAGCAUUUUGACCCCAGCGCCUUCCUGGCCCCCAGAGACCUGGAGCAGCGCUGCCUUCACUCCCGCAGCCAGAGCGAGGAUCUGCUGAGGGUCGGAGAGGACAACCUGUCCUCCAUCUCUGCCCCCGCUGGCUUCUGCAACCUCCCCAAAGAUACCACAGCUUCUCCCGCCUCGAGCAGGAAGUCGGCACCUUCUCUCACCCGGACCAGCAGCCCCUCUGGCAGCCCAAAGAGCGGCAGCGGGGGCCGCAGGCCAGGCCGGCUACGCCUGCCCCAGCUGGGCAGCCGGCACCGCCUCUCCAACAGCAAAGAGAGCCUGGAUGGAGCCGCUAAUCCUGAGGCAGAGCAUUCAGAGACUGAGGGGAGCACAGCAGGUCUUCCAGGUUUAGGAGAUGUGAUCGUGACGGACGCAUCAUGCGGUACUGAGGCGUCCAGCAGCCACUGUGACGUAGUCCUGAUGAACGGAGAGAGCAACGGGCUGGGCUCAGACUGCAGCACGGAGAGCAGCAUGGACCCUGACAACUCCCUGCUCCAGCACAGAGACAACAUUUGUCUGGAUGCCAUCUACAACCUCUAUGCAAUAUCUUGCCAUUCAGGAAUCAUGGGAGGAGGCCACUAUGUGACAUAUGCCAAAAACCCCAAAGAUAAAUGGUACUGUUACAAUGACAGCAGCUGUAAGGAAGUGCACUCUGAGGAGAUCGACACCGACUCGGCCUACAUCCUCUUCUACGAGCAGCAGGGGGUCGACUACUCCCAGUUUCUGCCAAAGAUCGAUGGCAAGAAGAUGGCCGACACCAGUAGCAUGGAUGAAGACUUUGAGUCCGACUACAAGAAAUACUGUGUGCUCCAGUGAUCGCACCUCGUCUUCCAUCAUCCGGCACUACACCCGCUCUCCGCUCCCGCCUGCAGUCCUUCUGAAGAAUUCUCUCAAACUGCUAAUGACUGGAGUCGGAUGUCCUGUGCUCUCUGUCUUUAGAGAUGCGCCUCAGCACUUUCUACACUUGAUCGCAUACAUAUUUCAGUGCAAAGGUUUGUCAAGACAACAGUGGAGCCCUGGCGAAAGCACUAAAACUGUCGCACUUUGCUGAGCCAGACGAAACAAACCCCCCCGCCCCUUCUCCUCAACCCCUGCCAGAACAUACAUGUAACACAUACUUGCAUACUAACACAUCUCUGAAUGUUUGCCAGUAUGGCCAAGUCAUGAAGUGAUGUUGCUUUGUCAUUGUGCAUAUUUCGCUGAUGUCAGAAUGGAAAAAAAAAAACACCAGGGGUCCACAUGUGAUCUGAGCCUAGAUAUCUGACCAGUAGAAGGAAAACAAUGAAGUGUAAGUGCAAAGCCAAUGAUUGGUUACAGUUUAAAUGCCAAAACGUACGGUGGCUGACACGUGCAAACGCGCUACAUCAGCACUUUCAAAAACAAUGUAAAGAUCAGAACACAAAUGUGCCAAAACACAUGCAGAUGAAGGAACAUCUUCACCAACUUGACCCAACAUGCGCAGCGUUUACUUAUAGCGGUCGUAAACGAAACAUUACAAAUAAAAAAAGAUCAAAAUGGAAAUUGGGACACUAAAAAGUGCACACAGCUGGGACCUUAGCGCUUGUGGACGUUCGGAUUAAAGUUGGCCAACAAUCACUGUCACUGGAAACUUACCUAAAAUGAAGGUUUUGUUGGCAUAUUUUAUCAAUGUGAUCACAUGAUUCCUUCUGAUAUUAUUUGGUAAUAAUAUCAUUGGGUAGCUAGCUAGCGUAGCAAACCUAGUCAUUUCAAGGAUACUGACGCGACACUUAAAAUGAUCAAACAGGCUAACUAUGCCAACAGAGCCAACUUUAUAAUGUCGGAACAUCAACAAGCACUCCGGUCCCAACUGUGUGCAUCACUUUUUAGUGUCCCCGUUUCCGUUGUGCUUUGGGCUUCAUUUUUUUUUAUUUGCAGCGUUUCGAUUAUGCGGCGAUUGUAGUAAACGCUGCGCUUGUGUUUUGAAGUUGGCAUAGAUGUUUCCUCAUUUGCAUGUGUUUUGGCACAUUUGUGUUUUUUUAUUUGCAUCGUCUUUGAAACUGCAGCCCCCUAUCCUAAUGGAUACAGCCACCGUAAACAGGGCCAAGAGUUUAAAAAAAACGGUGUCAAAUUUGAUGCCACAGUUCAACAUGAUGUUGAUGUGAUACUAUGACAAGCUUUUCAAAAGUUUCAAAGGUUUUAUUUGCAAAAAUGUCACUAGGGUAAGUCACAUGCUACCUCAACGCUUCCUGCAGUCUGUCAGCCAACUGUACCCUAAAACGUCUGUGACAGUAUUAAUUGUAAUACACAAAAUGUAACUUUGCAGUCAUGGUACACACAUUUCAGCUCCCCCUCUUCUAGGACACUCACAGGUCCUGAUGCGGACAUAAAAUUAGGCAUUUUUGCCAAACUGUGUUCCAUUCCACAGCUGCCAAAUAUCAGUGGUGAUUUGUGCAAUGUUGAUCUGUUUGUCCCCAUAUCGUCUACUCUUGAAGUAUCACUCUGGGUUUAUUUAGGACAGGUGCCAUGAAUUCAAAAUAGAUACACUUAAAGAUACAGUAUAUGUUUAAUUUUUUCUGCAAAUACGUUGUUUUAUAAAAUAUUUAUUUUAUUGUUUUGUUUUUUUCUUAAGGCAGGCUUCAGUAGCUACUUCAGGUUAGGAAUGGAUAUUUGUCUCAAAGCUACACAAGGCUGGUCUUAACAGCGCUCUCGCAACAUGAGCUUUCCACCUGCUGCCAUUCUCAACUGUUGACACUCAUCUCGUAUACUAAUGUCCAUAUACCCUCCAGUAAGAAGCCAGAAUAUUUGGGACAUUGGGAAUCAAUUGAUUGUACUUACAAAAGGAUUUAAAGAUUUUAUUUAACUUAAAAUGCUACUCCACUGGUUUAGCAUAGCACUCCUACAACAUAGGCCAGUAUAAAAAAAGGAUACAAAUGUAUAGUUCAGAACAUCUUAUUUUGUAUCCCACAUAUUACAUUUUCUUGUCCAUACUUGGCACCUACAUUACCCACAGUGCAACUCAACCAUCAAGAGUUUGGUCAAUCCCACUUCUUUUUAACUUCACACCCCUAGAUUUUUUCCAUUUUCAGACUUGCAGUCUUUAACCCCAACAAACACAAGUAAUAUCACAUGAGGGCGUUUAUCAUAUCACAUAUGUAGAGGUUCUCGCCGAUACCUGGCAGCAGACUUUGAUGGGUGAACUCAAUUUUCGUUUAACGCCAGAAUGCUAGAAGUCUGUUAAGCAUUCUCUCUGGUGGACUCGUUCACCUCUUUUUUGUGCUUAGUUGCUCCUGUAACCGCGCCAACUGUCAUAUCAGUAUCCGGAAGUACAAGUGAAAACAACAAAGGUCACCAAAAAAAAACUUUUCAUGAUUCUUACCCAUAUGAGAAAUAUUGGUGUGCAGUUAAUGCUUACCUGCCCCUUUGUGGUAAACAAAAUAUCCAUAAAACUUCUCUAAAAUCUGGAUUACCAUCUAGCUGAAGUGGGCCAACUCUAUCAUUGCCCCAAAGCCAAUUGGAUAUAUUUCCAAUGUUUUCGGUGCACCUUUAAAACCUUCAUUCAUACCAAACAUUAAGGCCCCAACACAGCAGGGUAGUCAAAAUGUAGUUGUUGUUCUUUUAGUAUUCUACAUCUACCAUAUCGAACUUGUAAUAGUCAAUGAAAACGAAGGGAGGUGCCCACUGCCCAUCUUUGCCCAGACAAGGUAGACAAAUAACAGCCAAUGAUUUCCUGUGAAAGAAGUGAGAUAGAACUGCAAAGUAAUUGGAACAUUUCUAGAAAGGGUGACAUCAUUGGAUACUAAUUACAUGGGACAUAGACACAGUGUUUAAUUGAUGCACUUCAAAUCAUUUACUUCCAUUAAAUUGCAUGGCAAGCAUGUAUUUAAAAUGCAGUUGAUUUCAUUUAUUUAGUUUGUUUUGAAAUUCCUUUAGAAAUCAACUAGAUACAUACUGUACAGAAUGCAGCACACCAAAACUUCAGUCCCCAUAAACCCACUGCCAUCGGAUGCUUUCAGUUUGAUGUGCAUUUAUUCUUCAAAAGAAACAUGGCCUGUGGAACCUGUUGAGAGCUGGUCAGAUCUGUAAAAACUUCCCUCAACAAUGGACCCAACAUGAAAAUUAGGUUUUACGUCUAAAUACUGGUUUCAAUUACGUUCAAAUUCAGUCCCUUCUUUUUAUCUGAAGCUUUGGCUUCUUAAUGUGACUGUGGAGGUUGAUUUGAAAGGUUUUGCAGUGUUGAGUCACGGUGGAGCUUUGUGUCUGGUGUGUAGCAGCGAGUGGAGCUCCUCCUGAGCUGGGCUCGGUCUAAUCACUGUGAACAGACAGCGUCGGUCAGUCAGCGGUUCCCCACUUUGUCUUCGAGGUCACAGGAGAUGAUUCUGUGUUUUUAGCUGCUGUAUUUAUGAGGAGAAGGCGUCUUUAUGGAUGUGUUUUGGAGAGAUAUAUGUCACUGAAUUAAACUUUAUUUUCCUUUGCCAAGUACGUUUGUUGAACAAAUGGAAAUGUACAGAUGAGUGCUAUUUAUGUAUGCUUGCUCAGCUCUUUUUGUCCUCCACCCACCUGCCUUUGCACCGAGCUGUAGAUGAUGUCCAGUUUGUGUCGGUGUUUUAAACGUCAUCAGAUGGCUCGAAGGGAAAACUUUCCUGAGGAUUAGUCUCUUGAGAACCCUGUUUUUAAUGUUCACUUGAUUUAAAGGUGCAAUAGCUGUCAAGUUUUGUUGUGGCUGUGAACAUCCCCUUAAACUUGUGUGAUGCUAUAAUGACCAAACCUGUAGCCUAAACUGUAUUAUCUCAAAUAAAACUUAAGUUCAGUUCAUCCCCAAAAGCCCCGCCCAUCUCGCCCCGCCCCCCCCAGAAGGCAGUGCAAUCUACUACUGAACUGUCUGUCAGUGUCUGUAGCCUCUUUUUAUUUAAGUUCACUUUUGUUGGAUUUGAACAACACGUGUUAAUUUAAAUAACUUUUUUGUAAGGUGUUUGUUGAAAGAAAGUGACGUUGCACUGACAUGAAAACGUGUACAUAAAAAUGUGUUUUGUAAAUAAGCCAAUGAAAACUAUGUAUUUGAAUAUGAACUGUACAAAAUACUGUACUUGUAGUUGUAUAUGGAGUGAUACUGUUCAUCUGUAACAAAAUACCCAAGCAACAAAUUAAAUUCUGCAGAGGAAACGAUGACGGCUAAA